AUGGCAGAUGAAAAGAAUGGCACCAAUGGCAUCGACGGGCCUGUGGCGCACGAUGACAAGCACGUCUUGGAGGAGGAGGAGAAGCGGAAGAUCGCCAAUUUGACCGAAAACCUACCGGGCGAGAUUCGCAAUCCUCUCAAGGGAAUUCCGCGCGACCAGCUCCUCGAAGAUGUCACCAACUUCCACCGAGAUCAUGGGCUCCCAGAAGACAUCCUGCCCUUUAUCAAGAAGGGCGCCUUGGUGGCACAAAACCCAGUCAACUUUGAGGACAUUGAUGAUCUUGACGAGGACGACAAGCGUGUAUUGAGAGAGGAGGUCACCCAUCGGUGGAAGCAGCCUUGGGCGCUGUACUAUACCAUCAUCCUCUGCUCAAUCGCCGCAGCUAUUCAAGGAUGGGAUCAGACCGGUUCCAACGGAGCGAAUCUGAGCUUCCCCGACGCCCUGGGCAUCCCCGACGCCGCCGGUUCGUCCUGUGGACCCGUCGCAAACGAGGGAGAAUGUUCCAAGAAUAGUUGGAUUAUCGGAUUUGUAAAUGCGAUGCCCUACAUUACUAUCUGUCUUUUUGCGGGAUGGAUUUCUGAUCCACUGAACGACUUACUGGGCCGUCGAGGCGUCAUCUUUGUUGCUGCCAUCUUCUCUCUGAUCGCGCCAUUUGGCAUGGCCGGCUCACAGACUUGGGGACAGCUCGCAGCCUGUCGAAUGCUACUUGGUAUUGGAAUGGGUCUCAAAGAAGUCACGGUCCCUGUGUUCUCAGCAGAAAACUCGCCUGCCAUCAUCCGUGGUGGCUUGGUCAUGUCGUGGCAAGUGUGGACGGCAUUUGGAAUCUUCUUGGGCACAUGCUCCAAUCUCGCUAUGGGAAAGACCGGCGAUAUCGCAUGGCGGUUGCAGUUGGGAUCGGCCUUCAUCCCCGCAGUGCCUCUCGUUAUCGGCACGUACUUUUGCCCAGAGAGUCCCCGAUGGUACAUGAAGAAGAACAAGCAUACAAAUGCAUGGCAAUCGCUAUUGAAACUUAGAAACACUCCCCUUCAGGCUGGCCGAGACUUAUACUACAUCCACUGCCUGCUGGAACAGGAGCGGGUUAUGGUUACCGAGGCUGGACUGAAGGUCACAAGCAACUUGGUCACACGCUUCAUCGAGCUUUUCACCAUUCCCAGAAAUCGGCGAGCGACAUGGGCAUCUGGAAUUGUCAUGAUUGCCCAGCAGAUGUGUGGAAUCAACAUCAUUGCUUUCUACAGCGCUACUAUCUUCAAAGAGAGUGGUAUCAGCGACUACACAGCUUUGUGGGCCAGUUUCGGCUUUGGCUUGAUCAACUUUCUCUUCGCUUGGCCCGCAGUGUGGACGAUUGACACCUUUGGUCGGCGAACGCUUCUGCUCUUCACAUUUCCAAACAUGUUCUGGACCCUCCUAGUUGCCGGUCUUUGUUAUCAGAUUGACAAGGGUAACGAUGACAGUAGUGCUCGGAUUGCUGCAGUCGCUACCUUUGUCUACUUGUUUGCAGCGUUCUACUCUCCAGGGGAGGGACCAGUUCCUUUCAUGUACUCUGCUGAGGUCUUCCCACUAUCUCAUCGUGAAAUCGGCAUGUCCUGGGCUGUUGCGACCAACAAUUUCUGGGCUUCGGUCCUUUCACUCACCUUCCCGCGAAUGUUGAUUGCCAUGACGGCUACAGGUGCUUUUGGGUUCUAUGCCGGACUGAACCUAGUUGCUUUAGCCCUUAUUUUCUUGUUUGUACCCGAGACCAAACAGAAGACACUCGAAGAACUGGACUAUGUGUUCGCGGUCCCCGAUCGCGUCCAUGCAUCAUACCAGCUCAAGACUGUUUUACCCUGGUGGACGAAGAGAUGGAUCUUACAGCGGAAGACUGAAAAGUGCCCUGAGUUGUACUAUGAUGAGAAUCAGAGCUCUGUGAGGGAUGGUCAGGCUUAA